AUGGGCUCCGUCAACACCGAAACCCCGGCGCUCGCCACAAACCCCAAGUUCAUCUUCUUUACUGAUUUCGACGGCACCGUCACCACUGCCGACUCCAAUGACUACAUGACGGACAAUCUUGGCUACGGUGCAGAAAAGCGCCGCCAGGGGAACAAGGAUGUGCUGACGGGCAAGAUGAACUUCCGCGACUCGUUCCAGGAGAUGCUGGAUAGCAUCACCACCCCUUACAACGAAUGCAUCGACAUCUUGCUGAAAAACAUCACCCUUGACCCAGGGUUCAAGGAGUUUUACGAUUGGUCGCGGGAGAAUAACGUCCCGAUUGUCAUUCUGAGUGGCGGUAUGACGCCCAUCAUUCGCGCCUUGCUGGACAAGUUACUGGGACCUGGCUGGGACAUUCAAAUUGUCAGCAACGACGUGCGGCCUAGAGAGGGCAAGACAAUCAACGACAAGGGCGGAUGGAGAAUUGAAUUUCAUGACGACAGCAUUCACGGCCACGACAAGUCCAUCGAGAUCCGCAAAUACUCAUCCUUGCCUAACCGUCCCACCAUGUUUUACGCCGGUGAUGGUGUCUCGGAUUUGUCUGCUGCCAAGGAAACCGAUUUGCUUUUUGCAAAGGCUGGCAAAGAUCUUGUCACCUGGUGCGAGAACGAAAAGGUCCCUUUUGUCACGUUCAAAGACUGGACUAGCAUUACCCAGACUGUCAAGGAUAUAGCAGCUGGGAAGAUUACCGUUCAAGACGCUGCCAAGGGCCGAUUGUGA